AUGGACCUUCCGACUGUCCAUGGACCUUCCGACUAUCCAUGGACCUUUCGACUAUCCAUGGACCUUCCGACUGUCCAUGGACCUUCCGACUGUCCAUGGACCUUCCGACUGUCCUUGGUCUUCCACUCACUCUCCCACACGCGCACCGAUCGUCCUAUUCAAAAGAAUUCUCGGAAAUACUCUAGAAAGAAUUCUCAGAAAAAUUCCUGAUAAGAAUUCUCAGAAAAAUUCCUGAUAAGAAUUCUAAGAAAAGUUAACAAAAAAAAAGUUACAGACAUACAGACAGGGGUUGAAAGGCGACGGAAAAAUGAAAAUCCAGUUUCUCCACAUUUCUCGACGUUUCAUGCUAUUUUAAGCAUAUUUAAGCAAAAAAAAUUUUCCAAAAAAAAAUGUCGAAUACAAUACGGUGACCUCACCAAAGGUGGGCCUCCGUAAAUGAAUAAAGUGUAUUGCUUACUUUGAACUCAAAA